UGGCGGCGGCUUCGCCUUGUGAGCGCUGCCUAGGAAACGGGCAGGGCUGGGCUGUUGAGGAGGAGGAGGAGGAGCGCCGCUUACUUGUCUUCUGGCAGCCCAGCCUGCCUCCUCCACCUCUUCAGGCUGCCGUCCGCAGGCAUCGCUUCUGCUGCUCGCAGGUGACGGUCUAAUCACCGGGGUGGGAGGAAGCUCUGCCCUGCCUGAGGUCUUGACGCGGGUAACAACGUCGUCCCUUCCCACUGUUAAGGUUGCCGGCUUCCUGCGCAGCCCCUUUAACAGCCGCCCUAUCCAGCAGGCAUCGGACACGGAAUUCUUGCUGGCACCUGCAAGAGACCCUGUUCAGAUGAGCAAAGCUGCCGUGGAGGGACAUGAGAGAGGCGUUCCCCUAGGAAUGUCCUGUCCUCACACUGAUAAGUUGCAAAUGCCAUAAGAUGAAACCCAUAGAAGAUUGCAUUGUUCCACAGUCAGAGCUGUGUCAGAAUGAACACAGACUUAUUGCUGGUAUUUUAAUAUAAUGGUCUACUUUUGUACAUCAGCUGUACUUUUUUCACCAUUGAAAACUACAGGCAUGUUUGACUACAAGGACUUUCUCUUUGCAAGAAGCUAGGAAGAUGCACUAAGGGAGGAUGCACAGCACUGGCAUUCUGCAGGCAGCAAUCGUAACACUAACAGGCUCAUUCUCCUUUGGAUGGAAUUGACACUCACAGUUUUGUGCGGCACUGAUUUCCCGUAUCUGUGUGCCUCCCCCACCCCCUUGAAGUUGUCCGGGUUGCAAAACAGCAGGAAAGCAGCAGCUGCUCGUCUUUGGCAGUAGAAGAUUAUGGUGGCGGCUCGGUACUAGCAAAAGCAGCAGCGGCAGUGGCUGUAGCAGCAGCAGAGCAGGACUCUGUCUGGAUGCUUUUUCCAUUGAAAAUCAGCACCGGAAAGUGCAGCCUGAAGACUCGGCAGCCAAGCAGAAAUUGACAGCGUUUGGAAAGGGGGAAACUGGGAAAGGCAAGGAACGUGGGGUGGGGGCAGCACCAGUUUUCCCCCCGUGUGCUUGUGGGCAGGGGGGGGGAUUGAUUAUCAUGGCGGAUCGAACAGCUCCUAGAUGCCAGCUCCGUCUGGAGUGGGUGUAUGGGUAUAGGGGUCACCAGUGCCGCAACAACCUGUACUACACGGCAGGCAAGGAAGUGGUUUACUUCGUGGCUGGAGUUGGAGUGGUUUAUAAUACCAGAGAGCACAACCAGAAAUUUUUCUUGGGGCACAAUGAUGACAUUAUCAGCCUAGCUCUGCACCCGGAUAAAACCCUGGUUGCCACGGGGCAGGUUGGGAAGGAUCCUUACAUUUGCAUCUGGGAUUCCUACAAUGUGCAGACUGUUUCUAUUCUGAAAGAGGCACAUACCCAUGGAGUUGCCUGCUUGGCUUUUGAUUCAGAUGGCCAGCGCUUAGCUUCAGUGGGAUUGGAUGCCAAGAAUACUGUCUGCAUUUGGGACUGGAAGAAAGGAAAAUUGCUGGCAACAGCUACUGGCCACUCGGAUAGGAUUUUUGAUAUUUCCUGGGAUCCAUAUCAACCCAACAGAGUGGCUAGCUGUGGUGUGAAACAUAUCAAGUUUUGGACCUUGUGUGGAAAUGCCUUGACAGCAAAACGAGGAAUAUUUGGGAAAACAGGUGACCUACAAACUAUCCUCUGUUUGUCCUGUGCAAAAGAUGAUGUUACAUAUUCUGGUGCUUUAAAUGGAGACAUCUAUGUCUGGAAAGGGCUAACCUUAGUACGCACGAUUCAAGGAGCUCAUGGUGCUGGAAUUUUUAGCAUGUAUGCAUGUGAAGAAGGUUUUGCCACUGGUGGAAGAGAUGGUUGUAUUAGGCUAUGGGACACUGAUUUCAAGCCAAUAACUAAAAUUGAUCUCAGGGAGACUGAACAAGGAUACAAAGGAUUGUCCAUCCGGAGUGUGUGUUGGAAAGCAGAUCGACUUUUAGCAGGGACCCAAGACAGUGAAAUAUUUGAGGUGAUUGUGAGAGAAAGAGAUAAGCCAAUGCUGAUAAUGCAAGGUCACUGUGAAGGAGAACUCUGGGCUCUGGCGGUGCAUCCCAAGAAACCAUUAGUUGUCACGGGCAGUGAUGAUCGAUCCGUGCGUUUAUGGAGCCUUGCUGACCAUGCCUUGAUUGCGCGUUGUAAUAUGGAGGAAGCUGUGCGGAGUGUAUCUUUCAGUCCUGAUGGAUCUCAGCUAGCUCUGGGAAUGAAAGAUGGUUCUUUCAUUGUUCUGAGAGUAAGAGACAUGACAGAGAUAGUUCAUAUUAAAGACCGGAAAGAAGUCAUUCACGAAAUGAAAUUUUCACCAGAUGGCUGCUACCUUGCGGUGGGUUCCAAUGACGGUCCGGUGGAUAUCUAUGCUGUUGCUCAGCGAUACAAAAAAACUGGAGAAUGCAGCAAGUCAUCUAGUUUUAUCACACAUAUUGAUUGGUCUUUGGACAGUAAGUUCUUGCAGACUAAUGAUGGUGCAGGAGAACGCUUCUUCUACAGAAUGCCAUCUGGAAAGCAUUUAACAAGCAAAGAUGAGAUCAAAGGGAUUCAUUGGGCUUCCUGGACUUGUGUAAUGGGAUCUGAAGUGAAUGGAAUCUGGCCAAAGUAUAGUAAUGUUACUGACAUCAAUUCUGUGGAUGGAAAUUACAAUAAUGCAGUUCUGGUGACAGGAGAUGACUUUGGUUUGGUUAAAUUGUUCAGAUUUCCUUGUCUAAAGAAAGGAGCCAAAUUUAGAAAAUACGUUGGCCACUCUGCACAUGUCACAAAUGUCCAUUGGUCGCAUGACUUUCAGUGGGUAGUAAGUACAGGAGGUGCAGAUCAUUCUGUUUUUCAGUGGCGGUUUAUUCCAGAAGGUAUAACAAAUGGAAUCCUUGAAACAGCAUCACAAGAAAGUGGCAUUGAUUCACACAGUGAAGAAUCAGAUUCCGAUUUAUCUGAUGUACCAGAGUUAGACUCAGAUAUUGAGCAAGAAGCUCAGAUCAACUAUAUUCGACAGGUUUACAAAGAAGAUCUACCUCAGCUGAAACAGCAAAGUAAAGAGAAAAACCAUUCAGUGCCCUUCCUUAAAAGAGAGCGAGCCCCUGAGGACAGUUUAAAGCUGCUGUUUAUACAUGGUUACAGAGGCUAUGACUGUCGAAACAAUUUGUUCUACACACAAACUGGAGAGGUGGUUUACCAUAUUGCUGCUGUUGCUGUUGUGUACAAUAGACAACAACACACCCAAAGACUAUAUCUUGGUCAUGAUGAUGAUAUCCUCAGCCUGGCCAUCCAUCCUGUGAAAGACUUUGUUGCUACUGGACAGGUAGGAAGAGAUGCUGCUAUUCAUGUUUGGGAUACACAGACACUUAAAUGUUUGUCGCUGCUAAAAGGCCAACACCAAAGAGGAGUGUGCGCACUUGAUUUUUCAGCUGAUGGGAAAUGUUUGGCAUCGAUCGGGUUAGAUGAUAAUCAUACCAUUGUUCUGUGGGAUUGGAAGAAAGGAGAGAAGAUGGCAGCAACUAGGGGUCAUAAAGACAAAAUAUUCGUAGUGAAAUGCAACCCUCAUCAUGCCGAUAAACUGGUGACUGUUGGAAUUAAGCACAUUAAAUUCUGGCAACAAACAGGUGGUGGUUUUACCUCCAAACGUGGAAUCUUUGGAAACAUUGGGAAACAAGAAAAUAUGAUGAGUGCUUCUUAUGGACGAAUAGAGGAUUUGGUUUUCUCAGGAUCUGCUACAGGAGACAUUUACAUCUGGAAGGAUAUUUUGCUGCUUAAGACAGUAAAAGCUCACGAUGGACCCGUAUUUGCAAUGCAUGCCUUAGAUAAGGGUUUUGUGACAGGUGGGAAGGAUGGUGUGGUGGCACUUUGGGAUGAUACAUUUGAGAGGUGCCUGAAGACAUAUGCCAUUAAAAGAGCUGCACUGUCACCUGGGUCUAAAGGGUUGCUGCUGGAAGACAAUCCGUCGAUCCGGGCCAUCACUUUAGGACAUGGUCAUAUACUGGUGGGAACAAAAAAUGGAGAGAUUCUUGAAAUUGAUAAAAGUGGCCCCAUGACUCUUCUUGUGCAGGGUCAUAUGGAAGGGGAAGUCUGGGGUUUGGCAGCUCACCCUCUCUUGCCUAUCUGUGCAACAGUGAGCGAUGACAAAACUCUAAGGAUCUGGGAACUUUCUUCCCAGCACCGUAUGUUGGCUGUAAGAAAACUCAAGAAAGGUGGAAGAUGCUGUGCCUUCUCCCCUGAUGGGAAAGCCUUGGCUGUGGGGCUGAAUGAUGGGAGUUUUCUGGUAGUGAAUGCUGAUACUGUUGAAGAUAUGCUCUCUUUCCAUCACAGAAAGGAAAUGAUUUCUGAUGUCAAAUUUUCUCGAGAUUCAGGAAAAUAUUUGGCAGUGGCUUCCCAUGAUAAUUUUGUGGAUAUUUACAAUGUGCUUACCAGCAAAAGAGUUGGUAUCUGCAAAGGGGCAUCCAGUUAUAUCACGCAUAUUGACUGGGAUUCAAGAGGGAAGCUAUUGCAAGUCAAUUCUGGUGCCAAAGAACAAUUAUUUUUUGAAGCACCAAGAGGAAAAAGGCAUAUAAUAAGACCCACUGAGAUUGAGAAGAUUGAAUGGGAUACCUGGACAUGUGUUCUUGGUACCACCUGUGAAGGAAUUUGGCCAAUGCACAGUGAUGUCACAGUUAUCAAUGCAGCCACUCUUACCAAAGACAGUACCCUUUUAGCUACAGGAGAUGACUUUGGUUUUGUGAAGCUCUUUAAAUAUCCAGUGAAGGGCCAGCAUGCCAAAUUCAAGAAGUAUGUGGGUCAUAGUGCUCAUGUCACCAAUGUCCGAUGGCUACAUAAUGAUUCUGUGCUGCUGACAGUGGGUGGAGCUGAUACCGCACUGAUGAUCUGGACACGAGAAUUUGUGGGCACCCAAGAAAGCAAGCUGGUUGACAGUGAGGAAUCAGAUACUGAUGCAGAAGAGGAUGGAGGUUAUGACAGCGAUGUUGCAAGAGAAAAAGCUAUUGAUUAUACCACAAAGAUCUAUGCAGUGAGCAUCCGAGAGAUGGAAGGUACCAAGCCACAUCAGCAACUGAAGGAGGUCUCAAUAGAAGAAAGGCCACCAGUUAGCAGAGCUGCUCCUCAGCCUGAGAAACUGCAAAAGAACAACGUCAACAAAAAACGGAAACUGGUUGAGGAGUUGGCUUUAGAUCAUGUUUUUGGGUACCGUGGAUUUGAUUGUCGCAACAACCUUCAUUACCUCAAUGAUGGUGCUGAUAUUAUUUUCCACACUGCUGCAGCAUGCAUAGUUCAAAACCUUUCCACAGGAAGCCAGACUUUCUACCUGGAGCAUACAGAUGACAUCCUCUGCCUGACUGUCAAUCAGCACCCAAAGUAUAAAAAUAUUGUGGCAACCAGCCAGAUUGGCACAACUCCUUCUAUUCACGUAUGGGAUGCUAUGACUAAGCAAACUCUGUCCAUGCUGCGCUGCUUUCAUUCUAAAGGAGUGAACUAUGUCAAUUUCAGUGCUACUGGCAGACUUCUGGUGUCAGUAGGAGUGGAUCCUGACCAUACAAUCACAGUGUGGAGGUGGCAGGAAGGAGCUAAAAUUGCAAGCAGAGGAGGCCACCUGGAAAGGAUCUUUGUUGUAGAGUUCCGUCCAGACUCGGAUACUCAGUUCGUGUCUGUUGGAGUAAAACACAUGAAAUUCUGGACGUUAGCUGGAAGCGCUUUGCUCUAUAAAAAGGGUGUCAUUGGUUCACUGGAAGAUGCCAAAAUGCAAACCAUGCUUUCUGUGGCCUUUGGAGCUAACAAUCUUACUUUCACCGGUGCCAUCAAUGGUGACGUGUAUGUCUGGAAGGAUCACUUUCUGAUUAGGCUGGUGGCAAAAGCCCACACAGGUCCUGUCUUUACAAUGUAUACAACUCUUCGAGAUGGACUAAUUGUUACUGGAGGGAAGGAGAGACCAACAAAAGAAGGAGGUGCUGUGAAACUGUGGGACCAGGAGAUGAAGCGCUGCCGAGCAUUUCAGCUGGAGACGGGGCAGCUUGUGGAGUGUGUGCGCUCAGUGUGCAGAGGGAAGGGCAAAAUUUUGGUGGGAACCAAAGACGGGGAAAUACUUGAAGUUGGUGAAAAAAAUGGUGCUUCUAACCUGCUGAUUGACAGCCACAUGGAAGGAGAGAUUUGGGGCUUAGCUACUCAUCCCUCCAAAGACAUCUUUAUCUCCGCUAGUAAUGAUGGAACUGCAAGGAUCUGGGAUCUUUGUGACAAAAAACUGCUGAAUAAGGUGAAUCUGGGCCAUGCUGCCAGAUGUGCAGCCUACAGCCCUGAUGGUGAGAUGGUCGCUAUUGGCAUGAAGAAUGGAGAAUUCAUCAUUUUGCUUGUGAAUAGCCUUAAAGUCUGGGGUAAAAAACGAGACAGAAAGUCUGCUAUCCAGGACAUCAGAAUUAGCCCUGAUAACCGGUUUUUGGCAGUGGGUUCCCAGGAGCAUACUGUCGACUUUUAUGACCUCACCCAAGGCACAACCUUGAACCGGAUAGGCUACUGUAAGGACAUCCCAAGCUUUGUCAUUCAGAUGGAUUUUUCAGCAGACAGCAAAUACAUUCAGGUAUCAACUGGUGCCUACAAACGGCAGGUUCAUGAGGUGCCAUUAGGCAAGCAAGUGACAGACACUGCGCUCAUAGGCAAGAUCACCUGGGCCACCUGGACAAGCAUCCUUGGUGACGAAGUCAUUGGCAUUUGGCCCCGAAAUGCAGAUAAAGCCGAUGUCAACUGUGCUUGUGUGACCCAUGCUGGCCUAAACAUUGUCUCUGGAGAUGAUUUUGGACUAGUCAAACUCUUUGAUUUCCCCUGCACUGAAAAAUUUGCCAAACACAAGCGUUAUUUUGGCCAUUCUGCACACGUCACCAACAUACGCUUUUCUCAUGACGACAAGUACGUGAUCAGCACAGGAGGAGAUGACUGCAGUGUCUUUGUAUGGCAGUGUCUUUGAAAGCUAAUUCUUCCCAGUGCCACACAUGCUACCGUCGCCAUGCGAGUGCCAAACAGUGGACAUUGAGCAAUGCCUCCCAAGACAUCAGCAGCUGGCAGUUACAAAACUGGUGCCUGAAUUAUGGCUUCAUGAUCUACAAGCAGUGAUGGUGGAUGCUACGAGGAACCUCAAUUGCGCAGUCACUAAGAAGAAAGCAAAUCCAAUUUAUCCAGUUCUUAGUUGAAGAGAAGGUGCAGGUCAGCUAAUGCUAAACACGUCUUAUUAAUACGCGAAUUUACAAUGUUUUGCCCACUGAAGGAAUUCUGCUUCAGUAGCCUUUUAAAAAACAAACCAUCUUCAGUUUAAUUCAAACUAGUCACAUUUUCAUACCAGUUGCUCAAGUACAUUAACAUUUUUAAAGCCAGCCAUUCCAAAACCUUAUAGAAAAAAGGCAGAAUUGUCAGCUUUUUUUUAAAAAAAAAAAAACCUCUGGGCCAUGGCUGUUUUUAUAUGUUAAAAUUACCAUUCUAACAUUUAGAGGUUUAAAACCAAUUUCAUUUGCCAGUUUUCUAUGAAGUGCCUUUUGAAAGCUUUUUCCAGUCUCGCAGGAUACAACUCAGCCUCCUGCCUAUGUCUGCUUUCUAUUCACGGUGCUACAACUUACACAACUGAGGAGGGCUGACCGUCAUCUUUACACGAUGCAUCCAUUCACUCACACUCUGCUUGUGUCUUGAUUCCUUAAAGGAACUUUGGCUAGUUCCUCUAACAGAGGAAGGAGGGUUGAGAUGCAGGACCAAUAAUAGCGCAGUUAUCAAGCCAUUUAGUGUAUCAUUUUAUGUGAUAGUUUUGAAAGAACCAGAAGAGGGGAAGAGCCUGCACACAAUCUCCUCACCAUCUUUUCCCACUCAGAACAUUGUUCUUUCACAUUUACUGAUAAGCCUAGUAACAGCAAAGAUCCCACACUUUGCUUUGGACUCCUCUGAGGAAAGUUAACCCUCCUCCUUCUUUCCAACAGGAGAUGUUUCAAGGGCAUGCUUCCUUUCCUGAGUUCAGUGUCAGACCCCUUGGCAGCCAUUCACAGGCUCCCUAGUGGCAGACGACCAAUAACUGUGGAAACUCUGCUCCUUCUGGAGAUGAAAACUGUAGGGGCAAUGGUGAAAUAUGCCCUUUACUUGUAGAAGGACCUAGGUUCAGUUAUUAGUAGCUGAAGUUAAAGAGUUCGGAAUAGGAGGGAAAAGGGGGGGGAAAUCCAUUGUCACAUGCCAUGUUCGAGAAUAGCUAGGAGUAAAAGAAUUACUCCUUAGAUGAUAAUUGAAGGAGGGGCAUUUCUUGUAACCUUAUAGGCCAAAAUUAUUAGCAACUGUUCAAAAGGUGCCAAUGGAGCCUCCACUGCAAGCAAUAUUCUGCAAAACAGACACUCCCCCCCAUAAGACAGAUGGGGGAGCAUGGUUUGAAAGUGCCAACUACCUUGUUUCUGGAAGAACUUAACAACUCACUCCAGGUUCAUGAGAAAGGAAAGAAAAAUCAAUGUAUAAACACAAAAGUGCUCAUUAAACUCAAUGGACUAUCAUUUGUUGAGUCUUAUUUAAUCAGUGGAAUAUAUUAAUGCCUUACACUAUAGAUAUUUUAGACACACAAGUCCCUAUGCAGUUUUAUGCUCAUCCUGUUCGUAAGGAGUUUCCUGUAUUAGAUGUAACCAUAAUCAAGCUGGUGAUGUCAGGUGGUCACCUUGUUUGCCUAUGUUGUAAUGUUGGCCUUUCAUAUUGAUUGUAUCUUAAAAUUUAAAAAAAAAUCUGUGACAGAAUGAGUUGCUACUUGGUGAAAAUGUGCAAAAUUAUUUAAGAGCAAUAGUAUGCAUCACAAAGAUUUGUAUUUGUUUAUAUGGUUUGAUUUUAGGUACAUUAUGCUUGGACAUGAUGCUGUAUUAUAAUGUAAAUUAAAAUAGUAAUGCAUGAGUUUAUUUUUCAAAUGAUCAAGUAAAGAUUUAUGAUUUGAGAAGAGCCUAGUGACAUUUUUUAUUGGGUACCUUCAGCAUAACAGAACAGAGGAUUUUGCA